AUGUCUUCGACAACACCAAGAACAUCAGCUAAUAACAAUACUGCGUCAUCUGUAUAUCGUGUCAAUUAUUCAGAAUAUGUAGCAGACAUUACAGGUGGCAGUCCAAAAACAGCACGUAAAAUACCAACAGCAGGUAUUGGCCAUCACAUUAAUCCAUUAAAUAAUCCUUAUCCAAAUCAAACAAAUCAGUCAACACAGCAAACAGGAGGCAUGCCACAAUACGGAGGUGGUACUGAAAAAUGUGCUCGAUGUUCAAAAUCUGUUUAUUUAGCUGAGAGAAAACUUGGAGCUAGUCGAGCAUUUCAUUCCAGCUGCUUUAGUUGUCAUACAUGUAAAAGAAAAUUAGAUGCAACAACAUUAUCGGAACAUAAAGGUGAAAUCUAUUGUAAAUCAUGUUAUACAAAACAAUAUGGUCCUCAUGGUUUGGCUAGUGGUGUAACUAUGUCUACUGAAAAGUCAGUAGCACGUGAAAGUCGCCCAAUACGUCGUUCAUCUUAUGGUGAUGAUCUUGAUCCAGCAGUUUCAUCAUAUCAACAAAUGCGACAACGUGCUAAUUCAAAUGAAAAUCUCUUUCGCGGUACGGAUAGUGCUACAAAAACAGAUGAAUUCUCACCAAGAUAUCCACGAUAUGAUGAUAGUAAACCUCGACCAAUUUCGCCAUCAAAUAAGAGAAAUAAUGGAAUUGAUGCUACUGUUGAUAUUAAAAAUCAAAGACCAACAACUCCAACAAGAGUUGACAAAUUUAUUGAAUCAAAUACGAAUAAUAAUUCGCAUAGAUCAACUUAUAUUGAAGAAGAUGAUCGACGAAAAUAUGUAAAGGAAGGAGAAAAAAUCUCAUAUGGUACUGGUGCUUCGAAAAUUGUUGAUAUACCUGUUAUUGCAAAUCCUAAACGACCAGAUCCAAUAAUCAAUCAAAUAGAAACGCCCAUUGGUCCAAAAAGAGAUAGUCAACGAAGUCGCAGUCCAUCGGUAGCAUCUAAUGGUUCCUAUCAACGGCAAAGUAGUCACGAACGACAAAUCGAUGUUACAGAUGAUUACUCACGUGUACACAUCAAUACUGAAAGCGAUAGAAAUAAUCGAAAAUAUUCGAAUGAUUAUACAAUCAAUACUAUUGCUUCUGAAAAUACAGCAACAACAGGAGGUUAUUAUCAUUCAUCAUCGUAUGAAGAUAAAUAUCGAAGUACUACAUCGAAUUCAACUGAUCGACGUUCACCAUCACCAUCACCACAAACUAAUAAUCGAUCAACACCAGGUUUAGAAGAUUUCAUAUCACAAACAAAUAUUGUUAGAAAUACACCUUCAUCAACUGGUAAUCAAUAUUCGACGAUCGGUUCCUUAAUAAUGUCUGGCCGUCAAAGAAAUACUCAAAACAAUGAUAAUAACGAUUUUAAUAAUUAA